GCUCAGGGGUUCAAAAAAGAAAAAGAAAAAGUCAAACUGAAGUAUAAAACGAGGACAAACUAAUGAAACAUCUUUAACAGACAGUGAGCUGACAUGGAAAAGCUCCUCGCCUCACAUCAGAUCAGAUCUUGGCUUGCCUGGCCUCGUCUUUCGGCCGGUCAGUGGCACUGUAGUCCUCCGUGGAGCUCCCAAACUCUAUUUCUUCCCCUCUUGCACUACAAAAGGCAACAAUAACAACAGCCGCACUUAUCACACAGGAGGACUUCAGCAGAGAAACAUGACGUGAAGAUGACUUGAGACCUCCUCGAAGCUGUUGCACUUGUUUUUUAAAUGGCUGGUCUCCUCUCACACUGAGCUGCUGCUUUAUUUUAAGGCGCGGGUUGUUUUUGCGCGUCAACAAUAAGGAGCAUGCCGUUGGAGCGGUGGACGGUGUGUGCGCGUUAAAUGAGCGCAUUUCACUCAAUGGGAUUUUUAUAUUUAGCUCCGUGAAAGAGGCAGAGAGAGAGGAGGGGGGGACGACAGCGACGAGCAAGCGGAAAGAGGAGACCCUGAUCCCGGUGUUGUCUGACAUUUUGAUCCCUUUGAGAGCGUUUCGAGACACCCAAAACUUGUCGUUCAUAUCGCGGUGCGCGUAAUCGGGAUAUGUGGUAGUGUGAGGGCGCUGUGUGUGUGUGUGCGUGUGUGUUUGUGUGUGUGUGAGGGCAAUAGCGCAAAUUUAUCUACAGCUCCGGAGGAAAAAAGAUGAUGAUGGCCGGUGGUGGAGGAGCAGCCGUGGAGCAUAACGGGAUAUACUCAAAUCCGAACCUCCACAGCCUGCAGCAGCCCCUCAUGGACGCGGAUAACGCGGACUCCCGCAAACGACCGCUGGAAACUCCGGCGGAGGAGGCCGGCUGUACCAAGCGCACCAACAUUGGAGAGGAGGGUGAGUACUUCCUGAAGGUGCUGAUCCCCAGCUAUGCAGCCGGCUCUAUAAUUGGCAAGGGCGGCCAGACCAUCGUACAACUGCAGAAAGAGACGGGUGCCACCAUUAAGCUGUCCAAAUCCAAAGACUUCUACCCAGGAACAACAGAACGUGUCUGUCUGAUACAGGGUACAGUCGAAGCCCUCAAUGGCGUCCACAACUUUAUUGCGGAGAAAGUGCGCGAGAUGCCCCAGAGCGCCCAGAAACCCGAGCCAGUCAGCAUACUGCAGCCACAGACCACCGUCAACCCCGACCGCGUCAAACAGGCCAAAUUGAUCGUGCCCAAUAGCACAGCUGGGCUGAUCAUUGGCAAGGGUGGUGCCACAGUGAAGGCAGUGAUGGAGCAGUCAGGGGCUUGGGUGCAGCUCUCCCAGAAGCCAGAAGGCAUCAACCUGCAGGAGCGAGUGGUGACCAUCAGUGGGGAGCCCGAACAGAACCGCAAGGCUGUGGAAAUCAUAGUGCAGAAGAUCCAGGAGGACCCUCAGAGCAGCAGCUGCCUGAACAUCAGCUAUUCCAACGUCUCUGGCCCAGUGGCCAACUCCAACCCCACCGGCUCCCCCUACGCUAACACGGCCGAGGUGCUGCCCAAUGCAGCCGCAGCGGCUGCCACUGCCUCCAGCCUUCUGGGCCAGGCUGGCUUGACGGGAAUGGGCGCCUUCCCCGCCGCCAUGUCCAGCUUCUCUGGCAACGAUCUGCUGGCCAUCACCUCAGCCCUCAACACCCUGGCCAGCUACGGCUACAACACUAACACCCUGGGCCUGGGCCUCAACCCUGCAGCUGCUUCUGGGGUCCUCGCUGCAGUAGCAGCCAGUGCUAACCCGGCUGCUGCUGCUGCAGCUAACCUGUUGGCCUCCUACGCCAGCGAUGCAUCCGGCAGUGCUGGCCACCCUGCAACAGGCCUCGGGGGGUUCUCCCUGGGUUCUCUAGCAGCUGCUACAGGGGCUUCCAAUGGUUACCUAAAUGCUUCAUCCCCACUGAUGGCCUCAUCCCUACUGGCAACAGAGAAGCUUGCAGAUGGGGCCAAGGACGUGGUUGAGAUUGCUGUGCCCGAGAAUCUGGUCGGUGCCAUUUUGGGGAAAGGAGGGAAAACGCUGGUAGAGUACCAGGAGCUAACAGGGGCCCGCAUCCAGAUCUCCAAAAAGGGAGAGUUCAUUCCUGGUACUCGGAACCGUAAAGUUACCAUAACAGGGUCGCCAGCCGCUACGCAAGCAGCGCAGUAUCUGAUCAGCCAGCGGAUCACGUACGAGCAGGGCGUGCGCGCUACCAACCCACAAAAGGUGGGCUAAAAGGAAAAAGAAGAGGAAAAGAAGGAAAGGAUGAAGACAGAGAUAGAAGGGAAUUGAGAGGGUCACGAUGAAUAGAAAAAAGAAACGUCCAAAUAUCUGUUUAAUAUUUCAGUAUCAAAUGAGAGAAUCACAAAGGAGGAGGUGGGGGAGACAACCAAGAUAAGUGUGUGUGAUAUGUGAAUGUGUUUUUAGGACUGACGUCCUGAUGUUUUUUAAAAGUUUGUGUCGAGUCCUUUUGACGAUGGUGAUCAGAGUAAGCUGAACUGGUCCACUGCCAAGCUGCAGAUUCAAGGGUGAGGCCGCAGGGUUUCACCCUCCUCCAAAACCUCAUAGCUGUUUUAUUUCCUUUGUUCUGUUUGGGUUGUGUUGGUUUUAAUUUCAGUUGCAAACCUCAGCUCCCGGCGAGUUGAGCAUAUCAGAUGAAGUUCCAGCCAGCUGAUAGAGCUGUUUUACAAACCUUGCUCUUUGUAUACAAUGCAGAAGGCAUUGUUAACAGGGGAGAGGUUUUAUGACAAGCACCUGAGGUCAUCUCAGUCAAUGGGGAAGCAAUCUGAGUAUAAUUUCUUUAAAGAAAUCAUAUCUAUGUUGACAUAUGUUUCUGAUUCUGGCUCAUAUCAUAAUUGAAGUUUCUAAAUUUGGGUAUUUUAUAUAUUUUCAUCCUUUAUUUAUUGACAUGGUCUCAUUCAAACACAAAUAGAUUAUUUAAACCUGUGAAUGCAGGUUGAUCUGAAUGUAAAAACAAUAUUAGCCUAUCGCUAUUUUUCAUUUACAGGGAUCAAAUAUUGUGUUGCAGUGAAAGAAAUGUAUAACUCAAACCCAGUCUGAACUUCACUGUUGCUGUCUGCAAGUAUAGUUCAGGGGUUAAAUAAUCAAUGUGAGAGGAUAGAGGAGACACACAGGAAUGUAUAAAUAUAUUUUACAUGAACACACAUAGAUAAUGCUCCCACAAACCCACAAACGCUGAAACAUAUUUGCAUAUUCAGUCACAAAUACAAACACACAGAAAUAUGUUGUUCUUUAACCCGUUCUUGGUGCUAUAGAAUUAGGUUUAUAUCUCCUUUACCAUGAAAUCAGAACCUCUCUGGCGACUACUCUCUUUAACUUGAUGUAAAAAAAAUAAAAAAGAAAAAAGAGCUGAUGUGUCGUCCAGCCAUUAGUAGCCCAUUUGGAUCUGACCCACCCUCUCACCUAAUGAAAAAGGAUUGAUUUCAGCAUUUCAUGAUGAAAAGCAAUCCAGUCUUAAGAAGUCCAUCCUCACUCCCAUUGCAGGUCUUUUUUUUUUUUUGUAUUUAUUUUAAAACAAUUGGCCAUAGUGGACAAAGAUUUUACCUGACAAUGUUUUUGCCUUAGUCACACAUUUGUUGUAACUCCCGAGAAUUAACUUAAAGCUCAGACUACCUUGACGCAGUGUCUAAACCAGUUCAGUUCGCAAAGAGAACAAAGCACUACAAAAAGCAUUUUGAUAAGAAAAGCUGUAUGAACCAAUAUCUGUGAACAAAGAAACUAUUGCCUUUACAUUAAGGGUACCAAAUAGUCAAGAGACAUACACUAAUGAAAGGGAAGUAGAGUGACACUUGAAAAGAAGGUUUGGACUCGCUUUUUCUGCGAGCCAUCCUUCCUAAUUUGCAUCAAGACAAAAAAAAAAAAUAGAAAAGUGGGAAAAAAAAAAAAGCGAUUCUGCAGUUCAUCCAGGCAGCCUGUUAUCGUUCCCAAAACACGUUAACGCUCUCUAACUUCGGGUGGAGCAUGUAAUAAAACAUCAUGAAAUGUUUUGGCAUCGUUGUCUUUUAUGGGCAAUUGUUUGUCUAAUGCAGGGAGGCUAAUUGUCUAGAGCAUUUCCAAGCACUCGAAGAUUACCUUGGCUUCCUUCUGUGCUGCUAUCCAUGGUGUUCAUCCUGAGUACACUGGGUCUCUGAAGACUGCACUGUGAGACAUUAAGAACACAAUGUAAAGCGUGUCUGUCCCUGCUGGGAUGUGAGUAUAUUUUAAUGUGCACAUCUAUGUCACAUACACAAAAAAAAAAACUACCAAUACUGACAGAAGGGAUAUCUCCACAAGAGCAUUUAUACUCCAGCGUCUUGUGAUGUUUCUGUUUACCAGUACCAAUGCACUGCACUUAAAUUAGCGGACAUUUUUCUGAUCAGCGAACCACAAAUUAUUCCCACCACAUUUUUUCCUGCACUGUAUUCUCCAGUCCUUAUUGACGUCCACCUCCCCGCUCUAAAGACAUCUUUCAAGUGCCCCGUCCCCCCACUCCCCCAAUCAACCCAAGCUCUAUGAUCAGCUUUCUGAAUUGCACGGCUGUGAGGGUUGGUGCUGAGUAGCGUCCAAGAAAAAAAAACACAAAUCAGAACCACUCCCGUUUUUUGGGGAAAUUUAACGAAUAGCCUUUUCAUUUUUCAUAAUUCAUGUUCGAAAGCAGACGGAUUUGCAGGUGUCUGAAACAGGUCUUUGUGUCUGAACAUUAUGUGUGGCAAUUGCAACAGUGAGCCUUUCUUCCUAACUGAAAUCUCUCCUUUCACUACGUGUCUGGAAGGCUUCACAGUCAUCCAUAACUACAAUCGGGCCACUAAUGAAAUCAUAGCAUAAGAUAACCUUUUACUGCCCAAGGUUUUAGCAUAUAAUAAGAUACAAGCACAAAAACAAAGGGAUGUUUUAUCAAUGCAACUGGACUGCUUGACUGCAGAGAGCUCUCCUUCUAAGCUCUCUGAUCUAUACAUUGUGCCAAAUACUAUUUCUCUCUGCCCCUCAUUAACUUUCCUCUUUCUCUCAACAUUUUAUUCCCCCUGCAUGUUGCUGUUUCUCACCCCUCUUGAGAUUCCUCCUGUGUCCUAAAAACCCUGUCUGUGGUUCUUCCUUCACUGUGCUCUCCCCCUCUUUCUCCUUCCUCCUGUCUUGUCUUCUCAUGGGCGGUGUGUUGGGUGUGCUGCUGGUGGGAGUUAUGCACUAUAGGUCAUAAGGGUAUGAAAAUAUUUUCCCAGGCCGUAGAGUUCACAAGGCUUAAAAAUGCACAGAAAACACCUGCCUCCAAAACUGUGACACCCACAAGACCAACCAGCAACGUUAGCUCAAAGUAUCAAAUUCCCUCUAUAAGAAGAACAAGUAGGAUUUAGAAAAGCUUAGACCGUGAACUUUGGCCUUUUUAAGGGAAGAGAAAGUGUCGUUUUUUUCUUCCAAAAGAAGGCAAAUCUUGGUUGAAUAAAUAUUCAUAUGUUGGCUGAACAAACUGAGCUCAAGUCUCAGCCUCAAAACAAAGCAUAGAAAGGACAGAAUGCAUAAGAUAGCGAGUGUAAGGUGGAAACUUGUUCGUGACCUCAAGCCGAAACAAUGACAUCCUUUAUGCAUAUCCUCUUAUCUGAAAAAUGACUAGAAUUCAUUUCUGUGGAAUACAAUAUGUCAUGUCAUAUGAUCUAUAUGUACUUUAUUGUAGCUAUUCUAGUUUGUAGUCCAAAUGCAGUCCAGCGUUGUCGAUACAAUGUGAACUAUGUUAUAUUUGUGUGGAUGAUGAGAGUGCCAACUAAGCCUGAUUAAGAUUAGCUUCGCGAUUUGUUUGUGCAUUAUGAUGACUCAUCAUCAACCGGUGGUGUCCAUAUUUCUGUCAUUGAUGAUUUAGUUUGACAGUAAGAAAAUGUAAAGAAUAUUGGAAGCAAUAUAGUAGCAUGUUGUCCUGUUUUGUGUUUUAUGUCUGUUGUAUGAACCUUUGAAAUUACUAAGAUUUUGAAUGAAUAGGUUUACAUGUACUUUUUGUAAGUUAUGAAAAUGCUGCUAUUUGAUAAGUAAACUAUACAAAAUAUUUUAGUUGAAAAGAUGUCUGGUCUGUUGAUUAGAAACAUGCUCUGAAAGGCUGGAGCAUAAAACGAGGUGUAUAGAAUACUAUACAGUAUUGGUAAGAUAGCAAAAGUAAUAAUAGACUCCAUAGUACAACCUGUGCCAAACUAGACCUCCGCAGCUUCUGAAAUUGUAGAUGUGCGAUCAAAUGUUAGAUAUCAAUAACUUGUUUAGAAGUGCUGAUCAAGUGCCAAUCAAACACUGUCUUUUAAGUUAAGAAAAGAUAAUCAAAUACAUUACUUAAGAAAACAAAGGACAAAGAACUUUUUGUGCAUUGUUUUAUCCCAUAGGUACAUAGAGUAAGAGUUAAAGAUUGUGAUUUUUAUGGAUCCAUGUUGUUUUACACUCCAUGCAUCCCUUGUGUGUUUGUUUGACCUGUGGCUUAAGUACUGCUGUCUCACAAAUGUCUCUAUAGGCCAGCAUGGACUAAGCAUAACAUGUUAUAAGCAUUCAUAACAUACCAUUAACAAUCAAAAAUGUGUUUGUGGAGUUAGGUGUUAUCUUUUUGCACGUCUUCUAUUGCAUGGUAUCAAAAGUUUAAAAAAAAAAAAAUUAUGGAGGAAAAAAAAAUCUUACAAAAAUUUUUUGCGAGGUGUCUCUCGCAAAACAUUCAAAGACAUAACGCUGCAUGCAGUCAAAUGUAAAGCACUUAAGUUUACUCGCCUCAUGUUUAAAAAAAAGAAAAGAAGAUUUUUUUUGUUUUGUUUUUUUGUUUUGUUCUUUUUAUGUCGUGAGUUGGGAGGGAGCUCAUUUAUUGUCAUGUUGGCCCUAAAAAAAAAAGAAAAAAAAAGACACACACACACAUACACACACACGCAUACACACACACACAUCUCAGAUCCAAUUCUCAUCAAUGAAGUUCAUCAUCUCUCUCUACACAUCAUCCGAGAAGAAGAUCAUUUGAUUUUUUAGGGUAAAGUGAGGAGUAUUAAAAAUGUGAAACAAGCAAACGUGAAAAUGUUAUUCAGUGCAUUGGCUCCUUGUGUUUUGCUUUUUUUUUUUUUUUUAAAGAUAGCAGGCAUGCAUCUAUUUUUGUUUUUACAAAACAGGUUGAACCUCAUAUAACCUGUCCCAUAAUGUUUCAAGGGUUUAUUUCUAAUGUCACAGCUUGAAAGCCCAGAUCUAAUCUAUGAAUGUACCCAUUUACUUUUUUAUUUUUAAUUUCUGUCGAAUGUUAUAUCAGUCUUUAAUGUAAAUUCAGGGCAGGAAUGUCAAAUACAUGUAGAGUUAAUAUCUAUGUCAAUAACAGAUUUCAGCUAUAGUCAGGUAGGCCUCACACGGGCCAUAGUCAUGAACCAGAUAUGUUUUAACACAACUUCCGAUUCGCUGUCAACAUUAUCUUGUUUGUUUGGUGUUGCAUAAAUGCACUUUACUGAUCAGUGGGGUCAUACUGGGUGUGAAAUGAAGCAAACCAUGUUGGCAUUCAAGAGUUUUUUUUUUCUUCUCAUUCUUUGCUGUUGCUCUGAUGUUACUUUUAUUAUUUUUUUUAAAUGUAUUUAUUCCCUGUUGGGUCUCAUGAAUGAUGGAAAGGGCUGGAGUCUCAGACAAAAUAGAAAAGUAGCACCUGUUUCCUCACUUGAAGGCUUCUCCUUCACAUUCCCUUCAGCAGAGGUUUGUGUCAAUCACUGAGUGCUUUGUUUUUAGCGAACAUGUGAAACCAGGAGCGAUCUGUUUGUCCUUUUUUAUUUAUUUUUUUUGCUUUAAAUUAUCAAUUAGAACACGGCUUUCAUUUUGUCCAGCAAAUUUUUUGGGACUGAAGCACUGGGCUGAAGGUACUGAGGGAUGCAAGCUCAAGGUCUGGCUGAUAUUACAGUCAGAUCACAAAGAGACAAAAUCGGCACCAGCAAAAAAUGAAGAUUGCCUCUGCCACCUCAACAUGAUCAAAAUCACAGAGGAAACCUAUUAGACUUUGAGUGGCCUAGUUACAUGAAUGAUAUUUCUCUCUCAUUAUUUUGUGUUACAAAUCCCAUGUCGUUGCAUUUUACGGCUUCAUGUCAGAAUGCCAAAAAAAAAA